UGGGAGCUCUUGCAGUCGUAGGGGAAUAGGUUUCCUGUUCCGGUUCUCGGGCUCUGGUUAGUCACGUGGAAGUGCGGUCACCUAGACAGUUUGCGCUUUCCGUUCACCAAAGCAUCUUCCCUUUGGAGAUACAGGUGCAGAUUUCGGCCGGUGACUCUGCCAUGCCGAACUUGCGGCCCAGGCCCCGCCGAGGCGCCGGACGGGGCGCCAGGGCAGCCGGGCGGGACGAGCUGGUGUCGCGGUCCUUGCAGAGCGCAGAGCACUGCCUGGGCGCCCAGGACUUCGGCACCGCCUAUGCCCACUACCUCCUCGUGCUCAGCCUGGCGCCGGAGCUGAAAGACGAUGUGAAGGAAACUUUUCAGUAUACGCUCUUCAGAUGGGCUGAAGAACUUGAUGCACUCAGUCGAACACAAGACCUACUUGGUUGCUAUGAGCAAGCCUUGGAACUGUUUCCUGAUGAUGAAGUGAUUUGCAAUAGUAUGGGGGAGCAUCUCUUCAGAAUGGGCUUCAGAGAUGAAGCAGCCGGGUAUUUUCGUAAAGCAGUGAAGCUAAACCCGGAUUUCAGUGAUGCAAAGGAGAAUUUUUAUCGUGUUGCAAACUGGUUGGUGGAGCGCUGGCACUUUCUCAUGCUUAAUGACACCAGGAGGAAUAUGAUUUAUAACGCAGCGAUCCAAAAGGCGGUUCGUUUGGGCUCCAGAAGCGUUUUGGACAUUGGAGCAGGAACUGGAAUACUAAGCAUGUUUGCUAAAAAAGCUGGAGCGCACUUGGUGUAUGCCUGUGAGUUAUCCAAGACCAUGUAUGAACUUGCCUGUGAUGUAGUGGCAGCAAACGAGAUGGAAGCAGGGAUCAAACUCUUACAUAUGAAGUCGCUUGACAUAGAAAUUCCAAAACACAUUCCUGAAAGAGUGUCCCUUGUUGUAACAGAAACUGUCGAUGCAGGUUUAUUUGGAGAAGGAAUUGUGGAGAGUUUGAUUCAUGCAUGGGAACAUUUACUUUUGCAGCCAAAGACCAAAGGUGAAAAUGGUAAUUGUGAAAAACAUGGGAAAGUUAUACCGGCAAGUGCUGUUAUAUUUGGGAUGGCAGUAGAAUGUGCAGAGAUAAGAAGACAUCAUAGGGUGGGUAUUAAGGACAUUGCUGGGAUCUGUUUGCCAACCAGUGUGAAAUUUCAGAGUCCAGCGUAUUCUUCUGUAGAUGCUGAAGAAACAAUUGAACCUUAUACAACCGAAAAGAUGAGUCGAGUUCCUGGAGGAUAUUUGGCUUUGACAGAGUGCUUUGAAAUUAUGACAGUAGAUUUCAACAAUCUUCAGGAAUUAAAAAGUCUUGCAACUAAAAAACCUGAUAAAAUUGGUAUCCCUGUUAUUAAAGAAGGCAUACUCGAUGCUAUUGUGGUUUGGUUUGUACUCCAGCUUGAUGAUGAACACAGUUUAUCCACAAGUCCUAGUGAGGAAACAUGCUGGGAACAGGCUGUCUACCCUGUACAUGACCUUGCAGACUACUGGAUAAAGCCUGGGGACCAGGUGAUGAUGGAAGUGUCUUGUCAAGAUUGUUACCUAAGAAUCCAGAGUAUCAGUGUCUUCAAUUCGGAGCAUGAAAUGGAUGUUGGGAAAAGUUUUACCAAGAAUAAAGACUUGCUGCCUUUAGGAAAUGAGGCUGAGCUCUGUAGUGCCCUGGCCAAUCUUCAGACCAGUAAACCAGAUGCUGUGGAGCAGACUUGUGUUUUGGAAUCCACAGAAAUUGCUUUGCUUAAUAACAUCCCAUACCAUGAAGGCUUUAAAAUGGCAAUGAAGAAAGUGUUGUCUUCACUAACUCUGGAGAAACGGGGUCAGGCCAUGGAUACCCAGUGUCAGAGUAACGAGAUGAGCUGUGAAAGUGGACAGAAUAAUUCUGCACAGAGCAUCCCUGAACCUUUGUAUGUGUUAGAUGUGUCUGAGGGCUUCUCUAUUCUGCCUAUAAUUGCUGGCACACUCGGGCAGGUUAAACCUUACAGUUCUGUGGAGAAAGACCAGCAUCGUAUGACUCUGGACCUCAUAUCUGAAGCCAAUCACUUUCCUAAAGAAACACUUGAGUUUUGGUUGAGACAUGUGGAAGAUGAAUCCGCUGUGUUGCAAAGGCCAAAAUCAGACAAGUUGUGGAGUAUAAUUAUACUGGAUGUCAUUGAGCCAUCUGGGCUCCUUCAGCAGGAAAUAAUGGAAAAAGCGGCAAUAUCCAGGUGUUUGCUACAGUCUGGAGGUAAGAUCUUUCCCCAGUACAUGCUGAUGUUUGGGUUGCUCGUGGAAUCGCAGACACUGGUGGAGGAGAACGCUGUGCAGGGAACAGAACGAACUCUUGGAUUUAAUAUCGCACCUUUCAUUAACCAGUUUCGGGUACCUAUACGUGUAUUUUUGGACCUAUCCUCGCUGCCCUGUAUACCUUUAAGCAAACCAGUGGAACUCUUAAGACUAGACUUAAUGACGCCAUAUUUGAACACCUCUAACAGAGAAGUAAAGGUAUGCAUAUGUAAAUCUGGACAAGUGACUGCCAUUCCCUUUUGGUAUCAUAUGUACCUUGACGAUGAGAUUAGGUUGGAUACUUCCAGUGAAUCCUCCCACUGGAAACAAGCUGCAGUUGUUUUAGAUAAUCCCAUCCAAGUGGAAAUGGGAGACGAACUUGUACUCAACGUCCAGCACCACAAAAGCAACGUCAGCAUCACAGUAAAGCAAUGAAGAGCAGUUUUCUAAUGAAAAAAGGUGGAAGUAGAGCAGCAAGUACACAGUUCUAGUCUGAAUUAGUAGUGGGAUUGUAAUCAUAAAAUGGAGGUACAAAGAUUUAAGUCCUUGCAAUGGUCAAAUAUUUUUUAAAAACUGACAUUAAUAAAGUGUAUUUAAAAGAUCCUAAAUUAAAGAGUAGCAUGAUUACAAAAA